AUGGACUCUGAUGGAUGGGAUGGCGAUAUUGCGGACGAGGAUCUCAUCAGUGCCCUCACGCAGCCUUCCCAGAAACAGACAGACACCGCUCCGGGUAUAAGCAUCAGUGGUCAUGCGUCUUCAUUCGUGACAGCGCCAAGGACAGCGUCUAGCAGCCCUGCAAAGUCGACCGAGUUACAUAAUGGCAUACCACCAUCAUUAGGAAGAGCCCACCGUGACCAGUCUCGCGUAGAGCAUCUGGAUGGGUUACCUGCAGAUGCCUUCGAUAGCUCCCCUGUUCAGCAAAGAGUCAGCCCAAUACAACGGAGCAACUCGUCGCAGGCCUUCCGCCAAACAACGCUUUGGGGGCACGCCCUCGAUCAUGAUGAGCCGUCUCAACAGCCGCAGACGCAAUCCAGGAGGAUGUACCGGGCUGAUAUGCCCCCAGAAGCUCCGACACACCACAAGCUGAACCAAGAUGCACUGAAGACUUGGGUCUACCCAACGAACCUCGGUCCCGUACGAGACUACCAGUUCAGCAUCGUCAAGAACGGACUGUUCAACAAUACCUUGGUGGCGCUGCCAACUGGUCUGGGAAAGACGUUCAUUGCAGCCACGGUCAUGCUGAAUUUUUUUCGGUGGACCAAAGAUGCGAAGAUCAUUUUCGUCGCACCGACCAAACCUCUCGCCUCUCAACAGGUCGAGGCAUGUUUGAACGUGGCAGGCAUUCCUCGAUCUCAAGCAACUCUAUUGACUGGUGAAAUCUCGCCUUCUCUCCGUGAAGGCGAGUGGGAGAAGAAAAGGCUUUUCUUCAUGACUCCGCAGACGCUGCAAAACGAUCUAUCCAAGGGGUACGCGGACCCGAAAUCGAUCGUGCUCCUUGUUAUUGACGAGGCUCAUCGAGCAACUGGGGACUACGCAUACGUGAAGGUGGUUGAAUUCAUUCGGAGGUUCAACCCAAGUUUUCGAGUACUCGCUCUUACUGCUACCCCUGGCUCCACUGUCGAGGGCGUUCAGGCCGUCAUCGACAGCCUCGGAAUCUCAGACAUAGAAAUCCGAACGGAGGAGUCUAUUGACAUCCGCCAGUAUGUCCAUGCUCGCGAGGUGACUCCGAUCAUCCUCCAGCCGUCAGACGAAAUGCUGCGGGUCCAGGAAUUGUUCUCCAAAGCUCUGCGACCACUCUGCAACAAACUUGCUCAGGUCAACAAGUGGCUGGCGCGAGACCCAAUGACAUUGACAGUGAUGGGCCUGCGAGAGGCGCAGAAACAAUGGGCUUUGGGGGCUGGAAGUCGUGCAAAUCAAGCCACCAAAGGCAUGAUAAUGGCCGUUUUCGCUAUCCUGCAAAGCCUGGCGCAUGCCAUCAAGCUGCUCAACUACCACGGAAUCGUGCCAUUCUACAACAAAAUGGUCGACUUUAGAUCUGAGGUUGAGGGCCAAGGCAGCAAGGGCUCGAAGAAUAAGAGACAGCUUGUCGAAGAUGAAAAUUUCCAGGAAAUGAUGCUUGUUAUUGACAAAUGGCGGAGACUGGAUAAUUUUGUCGGCCACCCAAAGCUGUCCUACCUAUGUGAGAACUUGCUGAAUCAUUUCAUGGAUGCGGGGCAAGGUUCGAGUACUCGUGCCAUCGUUUUCAGCGAGUACAGAGACAGUGCCGAGGAGAUUGUGCAAACCUUGAACAAGCACAAACCUAUGAUAACGGCGUCUAUCUUUGUUGGACAAGCGGAUUCAAAGAGGAGCGAAGGCAUGAAACAGAAACAGCAGAUUGAGACCAUCGAGAAAUUCAGAGCUGGACAGUUCAACGUCCUAGUGGCCACCUCGAUCGGGGAGGAAGGAUUGGAUAUCGGACAGGUCGACUUGAUCAUCUGUUACGACGCUUCAGCAUCUCCAAUUCGCAUGCUGCAGCGCAUGGGUCGCACUGGCAGAAAGCGGGCUGGCAACAUCACUCUGCUCCUGAUGGAAGGCAGAGAAGACGAGCAGUACAGGAAGGCUAAAGACAACUACGAAAAGAUGCAGCGAUUCAUCUGCGAAGGAACCCGUUUCAAUUUCCGCAACGACCUGUCCUCGAGAAUCCUGCCCAGGAAUGCCAAACCCGAAGUCGACAAGCGCAUGGUCGUCAUACCGAUCGAGAAUACCCAGGAUACUUCGCUACCAGAGCCGAGAAAAAAGGCCGGCGUACGGAAGAAGGCAACGCAGAAAAAAUUCCAUAUGCCGGAUGGUGUCGUUACAGGUUUUAUGACAGCCUCCGAAUUUGGACGCGCUGGUACUGCUACGGCGAGAUCAAAAUCAAAAGGACCAGAGGAAGUCGACAUCCUGGCCGAGAUCCCGCUUCUGGAUGUUGUUCUGCUUGAUCAUAGGCAGACUGAUGAGCUGAAUCACACGUACCGGAACCUCCCGUCUCAUCGUACCUGCCGGGAGCACAUCACGGGGCCCGAUCUAGGUGCACAAUCGAAAGCUCAGGCGAGAUUGGGGCCGGUGGUCAAGCUCAAGCAUGGUGCACACACGAAACGAUGCGUGAAGUUGUUCAAGAAACUAGCAAAGGCUCAAUCACCGCUAGAGCGCCACCUGCGCCCAUACGAUGAUACGGAGCGGUUGUUGUACAGACAAAUUCCCUUGCCCGGCUUCGCAGAAGACAGC